CCACCCCCUCCCCGAAUCAGCCGCGCGUGCGGCGUGCGCCUUGGACUCGCGGCCGGCCUCCACCGCCGUGCGCCGCACUAGUCUCCCACUCGUCUCGCCUCCCUCGCCACCCCACCCCACCCCACCACGCCGCGAGUGGAGGCGCCCCCGUGCCGACCCAACCCGACGACCUGCGUGCGUGCGCGUUCGGUCAAAACCCAUCGCGCGAGAGCGCCCGAAACGCUACAAAUCUCGCGCAUUUCCAGCCUCUCUCCGAAGCCGCCCGCUCGCUCGCCCGUGCCGAGAACGACGACGACACGGCGAGCCGUGGCUGCUAGGCUGCUAGAGUCUAGAGGGUGAAGCAGAGAGAGAGAGGAGAGGGGAAGAGGCGAUGGGGGACGAGUCGGAUGGCGAGGCGGAGGAGUACCUCUUCAAGGUGGUGAUCAUCGGGGACAGCGCGGUGGGGAAGAGCAACCUUCUCUCGCGGUACGCACGCAACGAGUUUAACCUCCACUCCAAGGCCACCAUCGGGGUCGAGUUCCAGACGCAGUCCAUGGACAUCGAUGGCAAGGAGGUCAAGGCCCAGAUCUGGGACACCGCCGGGCAGGAGCGCUUCCGCGCCGUCACCUCCGCCUACUACCGCGGCGCCUUCGGCGCGCUCCUCGUCUACGACAUCUCGCGCCGCUCCACCUUCGACAGCGUCGGCCGAUGGCUCCAGGAGCUCAACACACAUUCUGAUACUACAAUAGCCAAGAUGUUGGUAGGCAACAAAUGCGAUUUGGGCAACAUCCGUGAAGUGCCCGUUGAGGAAGGCAAGGCGCUUGCCGAAGCUGAAGGCCUGUUCUUCAUGGAGACCUCAGCUCUGGACUCCACCAACGUGAAGAUGGCUUUCGAGAUCGUCAUCAAGGAGAUCUACAGCAGCGUGAGCCGGAAGAUCUUGAACUCCGAUUCUUACAAAGCCGAGCUAUCCCUCAACAGGGUAAGCAUCGACGGCGACUCGAAAGAUGAUCACAAGCAGACAAGCCGGUUUGGGUGUUGCUAGGGGGAUUCUAGUACAUUGUUGGAUUGGAUUUUAAGUUUUUAACGAGAUAUGCAUAUUUUUGCUCACUAGUAUUGCUUGUAAACUGUAACCCAAAGUUUGAAUUUUGGCUUGUUGUUACACCUGAGUUACAGACUACAGAGUGGGGAGAAGAGAAUAGUUGUUACUGGAGUGCAAACUGCUUCCGCUGUUACUUGAAAAAGUCUUUGUAACUCAUUUUUUUUUCACGUUUUGUAAAAAAAGAUUUUUUGG